AUGCUCUUAUCCACGACCAUUAUCGGUGCCGGAAUGCAGCUUCCGUCGCUUUGGGCCAAAGCCACCGCCAUUGUCUUACCACCGUGGCCCGCGAAGUUGCUAGUCCUGUUCUACAGCGCAUUCAUCCAGGUAUUUCUCCGUGGGCUCAGUGCAGACCCCGUCUUCACCAAUAUGACCGUUGCAAGGAUAACACCCGCUUACAACGUCAUCAUACCGUUGCAUCACACACAUUGGAAGCAUGAUGAUGCAGAUACGGCACAACCGUGGGUCACGGAAAGCAGCGGCCGCAAGGCCAGGCGGGUUGCCAAGACGAACUUCGAUAUACCAUCCGCCAUGGACAAGUCUCUGGGGAUCGAGGAGCUGGAGGCUCUGGCACAACAAGACGCCAGCCCGGUGCCGGGCUGA